CCCAUUUCUCCACAGUGACAGCGGAUCGUGCAGAGAGCAGCUCGGGCUGGAGGAGCUCUACCGAAGCGGACACAGCAGCGGUCCGGGCUAGGUACACGGCACCGGGGCACCAGGGCGUCGAUCCCUCAGCGCCUUUAGACAAUACCGACAUCUAAAAAUGACAGAAUUACCCCGAAAAACCUCCUGACAUCGCAGUCAAAUGCUUACUCGUCGCGGCGUCGCUAAAUGACAUGGACGCAGGUGACAAUAAGGAUGUGAAGCUUUCUGCAGAAGUGGAACCGUUUAUCCCACAGAAGAAGGGACUCGAGGGGCCGCUGGUGGGCAUGAGUCUGUCCGGAGAGGCGGGGGGCAGUGGGGGCAGCGGGGUGGAGACCGCGCCCAUCCCGAGCUACCUCAUCACCUGUUACCCCUUUGUCCAGGAGAACCAACCCAACAGGCAACAUCCCAUGUACAAUGGAGGGGAGCUGCGCUGGCAGCAGCCAAACCCCAGUCCUGGUGGGCCGUACCUGGCCUAUCCCAUCCUGUCGUCCCCUCAGCCUCCAGUGUCCAAUGACUACACAUAUUACCAGAUCAUGCCCGCUCCCUGCACCCCCAUGAUGGGCUUCUACCAGCCCUUUCCUGGGCCCUACCCUGGUCCUGUCCAAGCUGGUGUGGUCAACCCAGUGUCCACAGACGUCAGUGACCGAGCGCUGCCUCUGCCAGCCUACGGACUGACCAAUCAGAGAGGGCGGGGCCUGGUGCGCCCCGCUGUGCUCACAAAGCAGCAGCUGGGGCCCUGUGCUCAGAGGGGCCGCAGACCCCCCACUCGCAGUGUGGCCGUGCAGAAGGAGGUCUGCACUGUGGGGCCUGAUGGACGGACCAAGACAGUUAUGCUUGUGGAUGCAGCACAGCAAACAGACUUCCCUGGUGACUUGUCUGGCCGAUGUUCAGCCGAUCGCGUGAGUCCUUUGUCGUGGAAGAACCGAACGAAGCGAAGACGACAGCCCCAAACCGCAGAGAGCUACAGCGAACCAGGCACAAGCGAGGCCGACAUCGACAGCGACAGCGGAUACUGCAGUCCCAAACACAACCAGCAGGGGGCCACACAGCGCACCCCAGAGACCACCACCGGAACUACAGGACAGGGGGUGGAGGCAGGUGUGAUGACAGGUGGGACAUGGGGCCCCGGUUUGGCCUCUCAGGGGACACAGAAGUCUUGGAGCGACAGAAAUGGGCCUUUUCUACGAGUGGACCAGAAGAAGCCUGAACAGAGGAACUUCUCACAGGAUUUCCACAGUGGUUUUCAGCAGAGACCUCAGCCCCUCCAGACAGAGCAGAGGCUGCAGUCUGCUGUGGCCGCUGGGUCUGAGCUCACUCCAGAGCCCCUGUACUUUCAGGAUGAAGAUGAGUUUCCAGAUCUGGCAUCGGCAGGAGCUCCUCUCAACUCUAAACCAGAUCCUCCUUCAGUGCAGGCGCAGACCCCGCCCAAAGUCCUCCCCAAAGCCCUGCUGGAUAAUUUGCCAGAAAACUCCCCCAUCAGCAUAGUACAGACGCCAAUCCCCAUCACCACCUCUGUCCCCAAACGCGCCAAGAGCCAGAGGAAGAAGGCCCUGGCUGCUGCCCUGGCCACGGCUCAGGAGUACUCCGAGAUCAGCAUGGAGCAGAAGAAACUGCAGGAGGCUGUGACCAAAGCCACAGGAAAAAGGAGUAAAACACAGGUCCAGUUGGACAUGGACGACAUCCUGACCGCUCUGGCCAAACAUCAACAGGCCAUGAAAGCUCGGCAAAUCACCAACACAAAACCACUGUCUUUUACAGUUGGCGCCACCCUCCCCUAUCACGGCAUGAGUCUGAGCUUUGGUUCGGCCAUGUUGAAAACCCAACAGAACUGCACUCCCCACAAUCCUCUGGACUCCACCGCACCGAGAGUCAAGAGAGGGAAAGAGAGAGAGAUCCCCAAAGUCAAGAGGCCCACUGCUCUGAAAAAGAUCAUUUUGAAGGAGCGUGAGGGGAAGAAAGGAAAGAAACCGUCUGAACCCGAGUCUUUGAGUUUAGAGGAACACAGUGACGAGUGUCUGAACUUCACUGAUGACCUCACACAGGAGCCUGCCUCACAAGAAGAGAGCGGUCUGAGCGUGCCCAGCGACACCUCUCUGUCUCCAGCCAGUCAGAACUCUCCGUACAGCAUCACACCCGUCUCCCAGGGCAGCCCUGCCAGCUCAGGCAUCGGCAGCCCCAUGGCCUCCAACGCCAUCACCAAGAUCCACAGCCGCAGAUUCAGAGAGUACUGUAAUCAGGUGCUGAGCAAAGAGAUCGAUGAGAGCGUGACGUUACUGCUACAGGAGCUGGUUCACUUCCAGGAGCGGGUUUAUCAAAAGGACCCGACCAAGGCCAAGUCCAAACGCCGCGUGGUGAUGGGGCUGCGCGAGGUCACCAAGCACAUGAAGCUCCAGAAGAUCAAAUGUGUGAUAAUUUCUCCAAACUGUGAAAAAAUCCAGGCCAAAGGAGGUCUGGACGAGGCUCUGUGCAAUGUGAUCGCUAUGGCCCGAGAGCAGGAGAUCCCCUUUGUCUUCGCUCUGGGCAGGAAGGCUUUGGGGCGCUGUGUCAACAAACUGGUGGCGGUCAGUGUCGUCGGCAUCUUCAACUAUUCUGGAGCAGAGGCCUUGUUCAAUCAACUGGUGGCGCUGACAGAGGAGGCGAGGAAGGCGUACAAAGACAUGGUGUCAGCUCUGGAGCAGGAGAAGGCCGAGGAGGCGCUGAAGCAGGAGCGAGGGGAGAAGAGAGGACCACACUUCAUGGGACACUCCCGAAACCCGUCUGCCGCCUCCGCCAUCUCCUUCUGCUCCACCUUCUCCGAGCCCAUCUCCGAGGUCAACGAGAAGGAGUAUGAGACCAACUGGAGGAACAUGGUGGAGUCUUCAGAUAACCUGGAGCCGGCCGAGCCCGAGCCCCCACGCCCAACGCCCCUCGUCUCCGCUCAGAAAGAGCCACAGGAAACACAGACGCCCACCAACAACCCCCCAGCCCCCACUCUGUCUACUGCCUCACACUCAGCACUGACCCCUGCAGACAAGGAGGAGGUUCGCGUGGACGACCGCCUGGAGCUGGCCUCUCAGCAGAGCACUGAAACGGGGUCUCUGGACGGCAGCUGCAGGGGCCCCCUGAACUCCUCCAUCACCUCCACCACCUCCACACUGGUGCCCGGGAUGCUCGAAGAAGCCGAGGAAGAGGAUGAGGAAGAGGAAGACUACACCCCAGAACCCAUCUCCGUGGAGGUGCCCACCAUCUCCAGCCGCAUUGAGAUCUGGCUCCAAGAAAACCUGCAGCUGGGAAAGAGCGAGGACAGUACCGAGGAGGAGGACAAGGAGGAGGAAGAUGAGGAGGAGCAAGGACACAGCGAUGAAGAAGAUUUGGACUCGGCCGAAGUCUCUGAGAAGGAUGCACCCGAGCAGGAGGCGAAGAAGGUCACAGGCUGAUGCUUCUGUAACUGUCCACAUGAACACACACGGCUAAUGUAGAUCAGUUUAUACUAACUUAAACUAUUUUUAACUCUGAUAACAGUGUAAAAAAUAUUAAAGAUUAAACACAUUGGUUACCUUAUUUAUACUCGGCUUCAUAGAUUUGUAAUAUGCUUAAAGGUGCACUGUGUAACUUUUCUGAUGGAGGGUCUGCUGGUCUCCAUGGUGAUGUUAUUAAACUUAUUAAACUUGCAUUUUUUUCAGGUAGAAGUGUUUUUACUUGCAAAAAAAACAGUACUUUGAAAAAUAUGCAUUCUUACUGUUAAGGUGAGGGUCGUCACUCCACAGAUCUGACCUGAAACUAACCCAGAUGCUGUUACCUGCUUGUGGAAACAGCCAAAUUUAAUGCUGUAUCGUUGAAACUCUCCAUGGAGACCAGCUGUUGGCAAACCCUUCACCAGAAAAGUUGCAGCGUGUAUCUUUACCAAGCUUGACAACUUGAAGUGCUUUAUAUCAAGUCCUUUGUGACCGAAGAGCUUCAGCUGCCCUGGGGCGGACUGAGAGAGACGUGGCUGCCAUUCUGCAGCAACAACCUCUUCUAAUAACCACCAUUCACCAAGUCUCACAGACCGUAUUUGAAAAUAUAUGGAAUGACCGUGUCGACUUUGAGGUAUCACAUUAAAAACAUAAAAAAAAAUAAAAUAUAUUAUAAUGGUGGUCUUUAAGUGUCUUGCCCAAAGGCACAGCAACAGAGGAAUUUGUUGGUAAUGGGAGUCAAACCAACAACGUUAUUUAUGUUUUACUCAAGUCUUACUAUGAAUAACAAGCACUUGCUCAAUUUCAGAAAAAGAAAGAAACAUUUUUUAAUAACUACAUUUAAUUACACUUAAUAAAGCAUGAAAAAAAAAACAUAGAAAUGGUUUAUUAAGAAUUAUUCAGGCUUAGUAUCUACUUAAUACCACAUCAUUAACUCCUUAAUUAAUUACUACCUGAAACCUGUACCCACUUUUUUCUCAUGUAUUAGAACAAAAUUCUUCAAAAUAAGUCGUCCGUGUGCUGUCCUUAUCUAAUUAAAGGAAGUGCACGUUAGCCUGCUAGUUGCUUUACCGUUACUACAAAACUCCGAACUGGUCUCGAGAGUUGUGAAAAGUGCGUAUAAAGUUGGAAUUUAACCGUUUUUCACGUUUUUAAGACAGUAAAAAUCCAGUACAGCACCUUGAAAUCUAUCUUCAUGCUUUAUUAAUUACGUUGUAGUUAUUAUUAAGUGUUAAGAAAAAACAUAUUUGCAUCGUUCUUGCACUUUUUUAUUGCGUACAAUCCUGUAGAUCAUUAUUAACGUAGAUUUUAACAGUGAAUCUUAGUCGUGUGUUCAUGUGGACCGGACCUGCUCUGUCUGUCUCUCUCACCUUUCUCAUCGGAACCAGCAGUUUUUCCUCCUCUCAUCUCUAACCUAAACUCAGGUAUCAACAGCCUCUUACCAACACCAGUAAAAGUAGACCACCUGUCCGAAUUCUUAGCUGCACUGAACGCUCGUGUAGUCUCCCAAAUGAGCCUGAGACACUUGAAAUCAGAGCUUUUCUACUCUGAAAAUGAACUCUUUGUGAGGCAGACAUUAUGUUAGGACAAGAUAUUGGCUUCUAUGGUAUAACCUGUGUUUUAAUCCAGACUUAGAGGAGAAUCUGAGGAGAACUGGACUCGUUGAGACCGUUUACAGCUCUGCGAUAUUCGUGCUAAAUUAAGCUAACAUCGCAGGCGCAUACAUAGUUUCUUGCAUUUUAUUUGCUGUGAUUAUUAGCUUUAUACUGUACAUAUUAUGUGUUUGUGCGUGUUGCUUUCUGACUUAUGGCUUCAUGAAGGAAAAGCGCUUAAGUUUAACCAAAUCCGCAUUGGAUUGUUUGAAGUUUUACUGAGAAAUUACAAACAAAGACUGUAUAAAAAUGGACAGAGUGACAAGUGAGCCCUGACACUAAAGAUCUUAUUAAAAACAUACAACAUGAUGGCAGUGUAUCAUCAAUAUAACAGCUGUAUUUAAACCCUGCACUUAUUCUCAACUAGUUUAGCAAAGUUCUUUUCAUGUAUUUUAUUAAAUUGCUUUGUUCUCUCAUCAAAAACACAUCUGGAGUUGGAUUUAUCUUGCUUCACAAAUCCUUUAAUAUGUUGAGGUCCUUUUGCUCUGAGCCUCAGAAAUCUCUAGGUUUGAAUUUUUCCUGGAUUGUUGCAUCAAAGACAAAAAUACAGAGGUCUCCUGAACAUAUCUUCACCAGAUUUAUCCUGAUUAUUUAAGAUCUCCAACAACAACAACCACCUAGCGAGUUAAACAAAAAAUACAUAUUAUAUAAAUUAACGUACAAUCAGGCACGGCAAGGCAAGUUUAUUUUUAUAGCACAAUUUGUACACAAAGUAAUUCAAAGUGAUUUACAGAAUAAAAAAUGCAUUAAAAUGACAAUACAAACAAAUCAAAACAUAAAUAAUCAUCAUAAAAUUUAAAAAGAGAGUGAGACAUUAAAGAUGUAAGAUGUAUCUCAACAAUUCUUUGUCAUUUUUUGAUAAAAAGACAUUUCUAAUUGGUUGCUUAUAAUGAAGAAACAACCUGCCAUUUAUUUUAAGCCAAUUUUCUACAUUAUUCAUAUAUUUGCUUUUUGUUUUUUUGAUCGGUAUUGUGAUUACUCGUGGAUUAGCAAAUUCAGAGCGUGAACAUUUGAGAGAAGAAGUGAAGACUAACUGCUAAACUAAUAAAAUAACACUGAUUUAGGACUUGUUUGCAGAGCUCUAAACUACAGGGUAAACACUUUUUACAGAAUAUUUUUUUGUUGUUUGCUGACAAAAUUGUUACUUUAAUCAUUUAGCCGUUUUUGCCAAUUACAACUGUUCAAAUAUUCUUGUCACUGUCCAGUUCUUAUACAGUCUUUGCCCCAUUAUUGACUUGUCAGAGUUGUAUCUGUCACUUAACCACUAUCUGUCUCCCAUGGGUGUUUUAGUGUAAUCUUUAAGAGUCUGCUGAAAAGAGCAGAACAGAACACAGUGUAAGUAGCCCAUUAUAGAGGCUCUAUCAUGUAAAACUACCUGUUCAUAUUGAUCUGCGUGUCAGGAUUCGAUCAGACCCGCCAUAGACUCAUAGUUAAACUUUAUAUUGAUAUUUGUACUUGUUUUAAAGAGCCUAUGAUAGGACGGACUACUCAUUAAGACCAUUAUAUUUGAGAUUUAGCUAAAAAAUGUUCUUUUUUUUUUCAGUUUUUAGGUUUCAAUUUGUAUUUGCUGGUUGGAAAUCUUAACAUCUCACCAGAAAAUUCCAUAACUUACCAUGUGCUGGGCUAAAACUCUCUGAAAUGAAUAUUUGACAAACAAAAAUAUAAGAAAACACCUUUAUUUUGUUGAAAUAAUGUUUAAAGUAUCAGAAAAAUGUGUUUCUUGUGUAAAUUGUGACGAACUUUCAGACAGAAGUCAUUGUGUUUUAGAACUCUCCAAUUCCUACAUAUGUUUUUACGUUUCUUCACAAAUUGCUUCUUCAUUGGUGUUAAACUAUAAUUAAUAUUUACAACAACAAUUAGUCCACCCAAUUAAGUAGAAAUUAAAGAAUUGUCAAAACCAUCAUGCGCACUUUAAACAAAACAGCCCUGUUCGGUCACUACUACUCCAAGUCAUUCCUAACACAACGCUGCCAGUGUAGUUUUUUUUACUUACUACCUAAUGUAAAGGUGCACUGUGUAACUUUUCUGAUACACACUGCUUGUUUCCAUGCAGAUGUUGUUGCUUUGGCGGGAAUGUUCCACAGUAUAUGAUUAUAAAGUUUCCAAUAAGACAAGCAGGCUAAGAUCUGUGGAGACUUGUGUUCCCAGUUACAGUAAGAAUACGUGUUUUUGUUUUGUUUUUUCUUCAGUGUAAAUUUUGGGGCAUUAAAAGGCCUGUUUGAUGGUUAAUGCCAUACUCUGGAACAUUCCCAUAAAAGAAGUAACAUCUCCAAGCUGUUAAACCAACACAAAAUUAACAGAGCACCUUUAAACAACUGAUAAAUUACUAUAUUGUAUUAUGUUAGCAGCAUUUUUUUAUUGGAGAUAAUACAUUUGGAUGUUUUGGUUAACAAAUAAAUGCUAAAAAAAAUAUACAGACAGAGGCACUGACGUCACAGGCAUAGUUGCAGUAACAGUUAACGUGUUUGUGUAAUAUCUCAGUUGUCCAGGUAGUUCCCAUAGCAAAAGAAAAAUCCAGUUCUGUCAAGUGAACAAAAGAGAGUGAAGACUUUUCGUUACUCGUCCAAGCAGCUUCUUCAGUUCUGGUCCGAUUGCCGGUGGACACUGCCUUAUAUCAGUCUGAAGGGAGGAGCUAACUACUCUGAAACUACUCUGAAACUAACACACCUAUUUGUUUUACAGUUUGUUUGUUAGUCCUAAGGUAGGGAUGCCCAAAUUUACCUUUACACACACACACAAACUUCCUCCAGCUCCUCUGGCGGAACCCCGAGGCAUUCCCAGACGUCCAGGAGGCAUCCACUUAUUCAGAAUUUAACGGCGUCAUUUUUACACUUUUGUAGAGAUGUGACGCUCCUAAUUUGGAUGAUAAUUUAAUAAUAAUCUCUUUUUGGUGAAUUAUAGUUAAGAUUAAAGUUCUAUUGUGUACUUUUACUAACCUCAUGUGGCUGAAAGCAAAAUUAUUUGACCCAAACUAAUAAGACAGUUUUACAAAACAUUUGACUUUAAGAGUGCGCACUUUAUCUGUUUACUAAAAGUUGCACUGUGGAACUUUUUGUUUGGAGAUCCGUCACCUGCUUGUUUCUAUGGAUAUGUCUGGAAUGUUCCACAGUAUGGCAUUAAACAGCUCUAAUUUACAAAUACAGGUGGUUUUAUAGCUCAAAAAUACCUAGAAAAACACAUUCCACACGUCAUAGCAUCUUCACGGAGAAAAGCAUUUAACGGACUCUCCACCAGAAAAGUUACACAGUGCACCUUUAAUAAGAUUAUCAGAUAUUUUCAAAACACUUUUACUUAAGAAAGCGUAAAAUUUCAUAGUUCCUGACUGGCUGUCAAAAUAAAAUAAAAAAUAACACCGUAAACGCACAGAAAACGAACAGCUGUCUGUAAAGUCAGACCCAAACUAACAUUAAAACAUUGUAAAUAUGAGUGUAAAAAAAGAGUUUGUUGUAUUAAAAAAAAAACAAUCACUGUUUUUAAAGAAGCCAUUUGAUAGUUUUUAACAUAUAUCAGUUGGAAUCCAAUGUAAUAAAGGCAUUUGCUAGUGACUUAUGGCUAUAGGAGUACAUGCAGUAUCGGGCUGCUGUGUUACACCUACAGUGGGAGACCUAUCGCAGUAUUUGUAUUUAAAGAUUUGGUACGCCGCGUCCCGACUCUGUCACCUCCAUCAAAGUGUUGACGUAUGUUUUUGCACUAUGUGAAUACAGUCCUGGUUUAGGUCUUGUGUAACUAAUGUGAAAAAACAAAACGAAAAAACGGUUCAUUGAAGUAAUUUUCCAGCGUGUUUGUCUUUCUAUAAAUAUCUAAAACUGUCUUACAAACUGUUCGUCACUAGCUACAUUGUUAAAGGCUGUUUCUUCAUAAUCUUGUAUUCACUCUAUGACUGAUGAUUAACGUCAUUAAAAUGUUGUUUAAGUAA